AUGGCACAAUACGCCACCAGCCGACCUCACCACACAACCUCGGCCGCCUUGGCCAACCUCAGGCAGAACGACGAUGAAUCUCUACGAGCUUUCAUGGAGCGCUUCUCCAACAUCUCGGUUCGAAUCCGGAAUCUAAACCCGGAGGUCGUCCUGCACGCCAUGCUCAUGGCACUAAAACCCGGAUCGUUCGUUGACAGCCUAUGCCACGACGCCCCCCGCGACAUGGAUGAACUGCGUGCCCGCGCCACCGGCUACAUUCAGAUGGAAGAGCACUCGGCCUUCCGCGACCAAGUUCGCGGGAAGGGCCCCGCAAAACCGGAACAGAGCCACAAAGAUAAGGUAAAAGUCAAUAAUGACAGUCAAUUCAAGAAGCUGGCCAGAGCCAACAGAAGCGGGAGGUAUGACUUCUACACUCCCCUAAACGCCCCGAGAGUCCACAUCCUGGAAGAAGCCAGUAACAAUAACCUACUAGCCCUUCCACCACCCGGCCACACCCCCAACAACGCCGAUAAGUCCAAACACUACCGGUACCACAGGAACUACGGCCACACCACUUACGAGUGUCGCACGCUCCGGGACCGCAUCGAAGAACUCAUCCAGGCAGGCCACCUCGGCCACUACAUCCAGCGACAAUCAGGUUCCCGAGGUGGCUCUGGAGGCCGGGGACGCGGGAGAGGCCGCGGGUCAGGAGCUCGCACAAACCUACCCACAGGGUCCCAGCAAAAUGUUAAUGGCGCGGUACAGGCCGAAAUAAGUCAGGAGACAGACUUAGCCCCCUUGCGGGGAAUAAUCAACACGAUUGCAGGCUUCUUCGUGGAUUUGAGCUUCUUCAUGGAUUUGAGCUUCUUCUCUGAUCUCGUCAACUAG